UCUCCCUAGUCUGAAUUCUGAUCCCACUUCUGCUUUUCAUAUAAAUGCAAGGAUACCCUUCUGCAUCCCGUCUCUUCUUUAUUUUCAAUCUCUUUUGGAUGGAUAAAGACAACCCAUCUCUUCAUUGUUCUCCUCUUCGUUUCAAUCUCUCUGGCUCUUUAAUUUAACACUCUCUCUGUUUAUUUAUUCACUAGUCGAAUCAUGGAUCUAAGCAGGAGCCAUUUUCCUUCUUGUCAACAUCUCUAUAUUUGCUUUGGUGGGUUCUGUUUCUCUCUUGCUUAUUGACACUCGCCUAUGUUGUAUGUUGCGAAAAUCCUGUUGAAUUCUUUUUACCAGUCAUGAUGAAAUCUUCUGUUUCUUGUUGGUAUCUCCUUUCCUUACCUUUAAUGGGAGUUAACAUGACUCCAAGAUCUUCUCUUUUUGUUCAUGAGAGACUGUAGCAGACCCUUGUGGAAUAAUCAUGAUGAGAUAGUUAACCUGCAUUCAAGCUUAGUCCAUUUCUCUUCUUGGGUUCUCUUUUUGUGCCUUGAAUCAUGAAGAGGUUCGUCGUCAGCAUAGAACCCGUUUUCCUUCUCCUUCUCCUACUAUUGGAUGUUUCAGGUUCAGACGAAGCGGACAUGUCGAUAGCUCCAAUGGAGCAAAGAGAGCGAGAAGCUUUGUAUUCUGCUAUUCAAGGUUUCGUGGGGAGGUGGUGGAAUGGCUCGGAGCUCUAUCCCGAUCCUUGCGGCUGGACCCCGAUACAGGGAGUCUCUUGUGAUUUCAUCGAUGGGUUCUGGUAUGUCACGGACAUAAACAUCGGGCCAGUCCACGACAAUUCAUUACAGUGCACCCAUAAUGCAGAAUUCAGGCCGGAGCUAUUUGAGUUCAAGCAUCUAAAGACCCUUUCCUUCUUCAAUUGCUUUGUCUCUCCUCUCCAGCACCCAAGGUCCAUCCCUACUAAAAACUGGGAGAGACUAGAAGGAAGCCUAGAAUCCUUGGAGUUCCGAUCGAACCGAGGUCUGAUCGGACAAAUUCCAGCCAUUCUCGGCAGUCUUUCAAAGCUCCAAUCUCUAGUGCUCCUAGAAAAUGGAUUAACUGGAAAAUUACCGAUGAAUCUUGGCAAUCUGCAUAGCUUGAGGAGACUUGUUGUUUCCGGGAACCGGUUUUCUGGUCAAAUACCGCCAAGUUUGGGAGGGCUAACUCAGCUGCUGAUCUUUGACUCAAGCAGGAAUUCUCUAUCUGGGCCUUUGCCACUGACUUUUGGAGGUUUGACUUCACUCCUGAAGCUUGACUUGAGCAACAAUCUCCUGGAGGGAAAGCUUCCAGGUGAGCUGGGGAACCUGAAGAAUCUUACUUUGUUGGAUCUUAGGAACAACUUAUUUUCAGGUGGGUUGACUCGGUCACUUAAAGAGAUGAUUUCGUUAGAGGAGAUGGUCUUAUCUAACAACCCGAUAGGUGGAGAUCUAAUGGGUUUUGAGUGGAAGAAUAUGCAAAACUUGGUCAUUCUAGAUCUCUCUAACACGGGUUUGACAGGAGAGAUCCCAGAAACAAUGGCAGAACUGAAGAAACUAAGAUUUCUUGGUCUGAACGACAACAAUCUCUCAGGCAGUAUCCCUGCGAAGCUUUCAGCCAUGCCUUGUGUUAGUGCUCUCUAUCUGUACAGAAACAAUCUGACAGGAGAACUUAAAUUCUCUGAGUGGUUCUAUGGUAAGAUGGGAAGACGUUUUGGUGCUUGGAGCAACCCAAAUCUCUGCUAUCCAGUUGAGUUGAUGGCAACAGGUCGUAUUCCUUUUGGGGUAAAACCAUGUCAGCAGGAGGCCAUCAUUUCUGAUGCAAGACCGAGAACCAAGUUGGGGUUGGGAAUUGAGAACAUGAACCAGAGUUACUAUUUAGUGGCUUCUUUGGGAUUCUCAAGUGGUGUUAUUCGUGGGUGUUGGUGGGUUAUUUUGGUUAAAGAGAUGGUGCAUGUGUUUCUUCUCUUGAGUACAUUCAUAUAGAAGAGAUGAAUGUACAGCUAUAGUUUUCUUUCUUUUUUGGUAAACAGCUAUAGUUCUCUUGAACUCUUCUGUUUUCCCUUGAAAACUAAUUGUUUUUUUUUUUUUUUUAAUAUUGUUUUUCGUCUACCUACAACAUGAAAUGGAUUAGCUU